AUGGGCAGCGGGGCGUCCGUCAGCGAUGGAUCCCGGCCUGAGAGGCUGGAGGCCGCGGAAGAUGAGGCUGAACCCGCCCGACCCUCCACACCUGCAGGACGGAGCGACGACACCCUGCAGGCGGAUGAGCUGAAACCUGACAGUCACAUUAUGGAGGUUCAGUCUGUGAAGAGUGAGGAGAGCGAUACACACAGGAAGGACGAAGGAGGAGAAGGAGAAGGAGGAAGAGGAGGAGGAGGAGGAGGAGGAUCCACACAAUCUGUCCUGAAUCCAGCCAUGACUGUGAGCAGCUGUUUGACUCAGGCAUCAGUGACUGAAACUGUAGCAGAAGGUGAAGAAGUGUCUCUGGACUUUGAGAGUUUCCUCCAUAACAACGGGACACUCUACAGCUGCUUCAACCAUCACGGCAACAGAGUUUAUGUCGACGAGUCGCAGAAACUGCAGCUAUUUCCUCAGGAGUGGUACAGUCAGGGACGCUUCAUCGCUACUGACAGUGAGGGCUCCGGUCAGCUGCAGACUCUGGCCAGCAGCCAGCCGGCGGUCAGGGAGGACGACCGCACCGGCAGCACCUAUAUCCAAGGCAAAGGAACCGUCAUGACCUAUAUGUUUGAGGAGAGGGUGAAUGUCUGCAGGUUCUGGGAUCCUCAGUCUGGCAUCUGGCUGCUGCUGCCACUGCAGUGGGAGAUGAACGUUGAGUUUGUUAAAGCUCGAGUCCAGCGAGUCAUGUCCACGCUGCCGGGCCUGGUGGACCAGAAGGAGAUCACUGCAGCGCUCAGACAGUGCAACUACGACCCUGAAGAAGUCAUCUCCAUCUACCUCACCAUGUUCGGAGAAAUCCUCCUGCAGGCUUCACCGAGUGGAGACCACAACUACACCGAUCUCAACUCUUUCAGAGCCCUCCUGGAGCGGGACCGGGUCAUCGAGGAUCUGAGGCAGAAGCUCCAGAUCAAAGAGAAGGAGGUGGAGAGGCUCUUCCAGAGGAACAGCUACCUGGUGAGGGAAGUCCGCUACCAGACUGACGUGGUCCAACACCUGAACCAGAAACUGGCUGAGCUGGAAGCUGACCAGCAGGAGGCCCGAGAGAGGAUCAGAUCUCUUUUGAACCGCCGGGCUCCUGCUGUCCCCGCCACCAGAACCACCAUCAAACCCGCCGUGGACCCCACCCAACUCCGCCAGUUGAGCUGUCUGACCCGCGAGCUGAACGUCUCCAACAAGCAGCUUCAGUCCACAGUUCGCCAGGCAAUGGCUGACAUGAAGAACCAGCUGGAGCAGCUGAAUGGCGCCGUGAUGAAGCUGGCACAGGUGGAGCAGGAGGCGGCUGGGGAGGUGGAGGAGCUGCGAUCCCUCUACAGGAGGGAGGCGGUGGAGAGGAAGAGCCUGUACAACAAACUGCUGGAGCUGCAGGGAAACAUCCGGGUGUUCUGUCGCUACAGGAAGAGCGUGGCCUCCAGCUCCUGCCUGGAGAAGGGGGACGACCAGGAGGUGGUGGUGGUUCAGAAGGGAACCAGGAAGAAGUUCCAGUUUGACAGAGUCUUCCCUCAGAGCAGCACACAGGAGGAGGUGUUUGCAGGAACUCUGCCGGUGAUAACUUCCUGUGUGGACGGAUAUAAUGUCUGUAUACUGGCUUAUGGACAAACGGGCUCAGGGAAGACCUACACCAUGAUGGGGACCAAGGAAAACCCUGGAGUCAACAUCAGGUCUGUACGAGAACUGCUUCGCAUUUGUGCAGAAAAAGAGAAGGUGUCCUACACUCUGAAGAUUUCUAUGUUGGAGAUUUAUAACGACACUUUGAACGACCUUCUGACCAAAAGCCCUGGUGCUGCUCUGGACAUUCGAGUCCAGGGGAAGUCAGUGUCGGUCCCAGGACUGACCCAGACCCAGGUCCACACCGAGGCUGACAUCCUUAACGUCAUGGAGACGGGUGAAAAGAACAGAAAGAUCGCCUCAACCAAGAUGAACAUACAGAGUUCACGGUCUCACCUGGUGGUGGCGCUGGAGGUGGAGGGUUCAGACGAGGUUUCGGGACUGACGUCUCGGGGAACGCUGACCUUGUGUGACCUUGCUGGAUCUGAGCGGAUUUCCAAGACCGAAGCUGAGGGCCAGAGGCUGGUGGAGGCGGCAGCCAUCAAUAAAUCACUGACAGCACUGGGACAGGUGUUCAGCGCUCUCAGGUGUAACGCCCUGCACAUCCCAUUCAGGAAUUCCAAACUCACCCACCUCCUGCAGCCCUGUCUCAGCGGAGACGCCAAGUGCUGCGUGUUUGUCAAUGUGAGUCCCGACAUGAAGGAUGUGGCGGAAACACUGAGCACGCUGCAGUUUGGUUCCACCAUACGACAGGUUUCCCUCGGUAAAGCGACGCAGAACAUUGUCCCAGCUAAGAACAACAGGAUGGCCAAGAGGAAGGAGGAGACGACGAGCUGAAGCUCGACCAGGUUUCGGCUGCAAUAUUUAUUUCACAAAAACAGUUAGAGGAUGCUUUUUGUUCCUCUGUGUCUUCGGUGUAUUGUUGUGUCACAGCUCAGGAUUUUGGUACUUUAAUGGGUUGAAAUAAGUGUUU